GCGUUCCUGAGACAUACUUUAGUCAAACAGGAGAGCUUCAAACCAGUCCCGCCAAAGCCGAGACCGGAAACUCGCAGUCCCGCCAACCCUUGCGCGCUCUCCGCCGGCUCCAAAACCAUAGAGAGGAGGACGGCUGGUUUCUUGGUGAGCCCCGGUCUCUAACGCCGGAAAGAAAGUCGGGCUUCUCUAGCCCCUGGAGGACUCGACUCACUGGUGCGCGAUUUCGGUCCGGAGGAGACGUCAUGAGAGCUGCAUGGAAAGAGGACCAAAGACGUCUAAAAAGUCAUUUGGAAAUAUCUCUAAAUAUUUGUUACCAUGUAUAAGCUGCUAAAGAGAAAUUGGGCCCAACAAAACUAAUUGAAUAAUUAAGGCAGGUUUGUGUGUAUCAUCAAAUUCUAUCCAGAAGUUGAAGAAUCUGAAUUUAAAGAUUGUGUGCAUUUAAUAAGAGGAUGACCUUUCAGUUUAAUUUCACUAUAGAAGACCAUCUGGAAAAUGAAUUAACACCCAUUGGAGAUGGAGCUUUGACCCUGGAUUCCUCAAAAGAGCUGUCAGUCUCAGAAAGUCAAAAAGGAGAAGAGAGGGACAGAAAAUGUUCUGCAGAACAGUUUGACUUGCCUCAGGAUCACUUGUGGGAACAUAAGUCAAUGGAAAAUGCAGCUCCCUCUCAAGACACAGACUGUCCACUCAGUGCAGCCAACAGUUCAAGUAACUUGGAGCCACAUGGAAGACAGCCCUCCUUGAGAGCUGCCAAAGAGCAUGCUAUGCCUAAAGAUUUAAAGAAGAUGUUAGAAAAUAAAGUCAUAGAAACAUUACCAGGUUUCCAGCAUGUUAACUUAUCAGUAGUGAAAACCAUCCUGUUGAAAGAGAACUUCCGUGGAGAAAACAUAGUUGCAAAAAGCUUUUCUUCUCACUCUGAUCUGAUUACAGGUGUUUAUGAAGGAGGCUUAAAAAUCUGGGAAUGUACCUUUGACCUCCUGGCUUAUUUCACAAAGGCCAAAGUGAAAUUUGCUGGGAAAAAAGUCUUGGAUCUUGGUUGUGGAUCAGGUUUACUGGGUAUAACUGCAUUCAAGGGAGGGGCCAAAGAAAUUCACUUUCAAGAUUAUAACAGUAUGGUGAUUGAUGAAGUAACAUUACCUAAUGUAGUAGCUAACUCCACUUUGGAAGAUGAAGAAAAUGAUGUAAAUGAGCCAGAUGUGAAAAGAUGCAGGAAACCAAAAGUAACACAAGAACUAUAUAAAUGCCGAUUUUUUUCUGGUGAGUGGUCUGAGUUUUAUAAGCUUGUACUAAGCAGUGAAAAACUUUUUGUAAAAUAUGAUCUCAUUCUCACCUCAGAAACCAUUUACAACCCAGAUUAUUAUAGUAAUUUGCACCAGACUUUCCUUAGACUGUUAAGUAAAAAUGGGCGUGUACUUUUGGCCAGCAAAGCACAUUAUUUUGGUGUAGGUGGAGGUGUUCAUCUCUUUCAGAAGUUUGUAGAAGAAAGAGAUGUUUUUAAGACCAGAAUACUCAAAAUAAUUGAUGAAGGAUUAAAGAGGUUCAUAAUUGAAAUAACGUUUAAGUCUCCUGGUUAACGUUCACUGCGUAUCCAAAAUGAAAUAAACAGAAGGACCAAAAA